UAUUUUGUUAUUAAAAACUGAACAACUGCCGAGGAAUCAAACGAACGCAAAAGCAUUAUCAGGUUGUAUGAAUCGGGUACUAUCAGUGCCCGCAAUUUCUCUCUAAAACCCUAAACCCCAUUCUCCCAAUUUGUGUCUUUCUGCAUUCGGGAAACAAAAAAAGGAAAAACACAUUCAAUUGGCAAAUGUCUCACUCUCAGUCCCAGCCGUUACCCCUCAAGAGACAAGCUGAACACUCCGAUGAUGGCACCUCUGCCAUUAAACCUUCUCGCCUUAAAAUCGCAGUACCCUCUGAGGAUGCUGACAAAAAGAAUGCGAACAGGAGGCUCAAAGAUGUUGAAAUUUGUGUCCCAAUAGUUUAUGGGACCAUUGCAUUCUAUCUUGGUCGGAAGGCCAGCGAGUCUCAGUCACACAAGUGGACGGUGUAUGUACGUGGAGCCACGAAUGAAGAUCUUGGGGUGGUGAUUAAGCGGGUUGUGUUCCAGUUGCAUCCCAGUUUUAAUAACCCCACCAGAGUUGUUGAGUCACCACCGUUUGAGUUAUCGGAAUGCGGAUGGGGUGAAUUUGAAAUAGCCAUCACCCUCCAUUUCCACACUGAUGUCUGCGAAAAGCAGUUGGACUUGUAUCACCAUUUGAAAUUAUAUCCAGAAGAUGAAUCUGGUCCCCAGUCCACAAAGAAACCUGUGGUUGUUGAAUCUUUUAAUGAGAUUGUUUUUCCUGAACCCUCGGAGGGUUUUCUUGCACGUGUGCAGAAUCAUCCUGUUGUUAAUGUUCCUAGGCUUCCUGCUGGCUUGAAUUUACCAAGUCCUGUACCAAUUGAUACUAUGAAUGACAAGGAGAGGGGCGAUACCAAAGAUCAUCCUCUAAGCCAAUGGUUCAUGAACUUCUCUGAGGCUGAUGAGCUCUUAAAACUUGCAGCAGCUCGCCAGCAGGUUCAAGCUCAUAUUGUUAAGCUGCGAAGACAAUUAAGUUUGGUGGAAGGACUACCUCAGCUGUCAAAACCGCCCUCUGGUUAUGAGUGCACAUGAUUUUUAUUUUAGAAUUUUUGGGAUUUCCCUGUAGGGUCAUACUUGGAAGAUUAAUGAUGAAUAAUUAUGUAUAUAAGCGUAUAGCCUUCCUUGUAGAUUGUGUUGAAUAUUUUUAUCUGUAGCAGCAGCCAAAGAUUAUAGUUUUAGAAGAAUGGACAUGAUCCAUGGCGUUUAUGCUUAAAAUCUUUAAUGGUUAUAGAUAUGUGUUUUAGUUCUA